ACAUGUAAAUGUGAAGGGUUUUGUUGGUUGUCUUUAAAUAAUUGAAUCAUUCAGUCUUCUUCUUUCUCAAAUCACAAACUCUGUAAAAGAACAUCAAUGGCUACCAAUAAUAAGUCGGUUUAUCUCCAAAACCCAGAUGAAGUAAAGAAAGUAUUCAGUCGUUUCGACACCAACGGCGACGGCAAGAUCUCCGUAACAGAGCUUGUCCACGUAAUGAAAGCAUGCGGUUCGAAUACCUCCGAAGAUGAAGUUCAACGAAUGAUGGAGGCAAUCGAUACAGAUCGCGAUGGAUUCUUCAAUCUCGAGGAAUUCACCACCUUCUGCGGCAGCAGCGGCGGCGAUGAUUCAGAGAAUGGCGUGCGGGAACUGAAGGACGCGUUCGAGUUGUACGAUAAGGACAACAAUGGACUGAUUUCAUCAGGUGAACUCCAACAGAUGAUGACGAAUAUAGGUGAGAAAUGUUCUGUUGAUGAUUGUGAAUUGAUGAUCAAACCUGUGGAUUCUAAUGGAGAUGGAUCUGUUAGUUUCGAUGAGUUUAAGAAGAUGAUAACUGAUUCUGGUACAACAGCCGCCACCGGCGAAAGUGAUCACGACGGUCCGACUGCAGUAUAAGUCGUCGUUAUUGAGUUGUUAAAACUACUACUUAAAUAACCUAUCGAAUUAGACCAGCCCUUGAGGCCUAUUAACAUUUCAAAUUCUGCUUUUUAGUAAUCAUUUGAUCUUCAUCGUGUGUUCUAUCUAUUGAAUAAUAAAUAUAAAAUGACAUUUUAAUUAUAUUUA